AUGCCGAUCGCCCAGCAGACGAGCUUAGGAUGGAUCUUGUCCGGAGGCUACGACGCCGCAGCACCCGAAGGCCAUCGCCGCACGUUCCAGUGCACCACAGACCACGACCUCGCUAACAUGGUUCGACGCUUCUGGGAGCAGGAACGCGAGCCAGUAGCUGGGACACCGCUCACCGCCGACGAAGCCAGGUGCGAAGACUUCUACGUGCGCACGGUCACUCGCACGUCCAGUGGCAGGUACAUGGUGAGGCUGCCAUGUACUUCACCGCCGCCGACAUCGCUCAGCGAGACUCGUCGACCCGCAGAGCGCCUCCUGGAAGCCAUGGAGCGGAAGGGAGCACGAGAUCCUCGCUUCGGUGACCUCUAUCGAGAUUUCAUGGAGGAAUACGAGAACCUGCAACAUAUGGAGGAUCGUCGCCUGCAAACCAUCUUGUGGCGCCACACCAGCUCUGAUGACGUCCACGAGUACGAGCUGAGGACCGUGACCUACGGGCUAGCGUGUGCACCCUUUCUCGCCAUCAGGACUCUUCAUCAACUCGCAGCAGACGAAGAGGCACGAUAUCCACGCGGAGUCAAGGCACUGCGACACGACUGCUACGUCGACGACGUGGUCACCGGCGCUGAUAGCUUGGAGGACGCUAUCGACCUUCAGCAGGAACUACGGAGUCUUUGCAUGGUGCUCACCGGAGUUCCACCGGAACAUCGGCAUCAACGCAAACCGCACUCAUGGGAGGGAGAGAGUCACGCUACCUUGGGCCUCCGAUGGCAUCCGCAAGGUGACUGGUUCUCCUUCACCAUACGUCCGCGUGCAAUCACCGACUUCACGAAGCGACGAGUUUUGGCCGAGACGGCUCGACUCUUUGACCCGAUGGGGUGGCUCGCACCUGUCGUCAUCAGAGCCAAAAUUCUGAUUCAGACGACGUGGCUUCAACGGCUGGACUGGGACUCCCCGCUGCCUGAUCAGGACGCACACCGCUGGAGGCAGUUGUUGAAUCAGCUUCCUCUUCUAGAUGACAUCCGCAUAACUCGCUGGCUCAACACUGGGACCGACCAUUCACAACUGCAGCUCCAUGGGUUUGCCGACGCAUCAGAGCGAGGGUACGCCGCCGUGGUGUACAUCCGCAACGCUGCAACAGAGAAAACAUCAAUCAACCUGUUGAUGGCAAAAUCCAAGGUCGCACCUGUCAAGCAGGUGUCGUUACCUCGCUUGGAACUCUGUGCAGCAGCUCUACUUACCACGCUCAUGCUCCACGUGCGCUCUACUCUCGGUUUGACAACGACGCCAGUGCAUCUGUGGUCAGAUUCAAAGGUCACGCUCCACUGGAUUCAAGGACACAGCACCCGCUGGAAAACCUUUGUCGCCAAUCGAGUGUCUCAGAUCCAGACCCUGCUGCCAGACGCUCAAUGGAGACACAUCGCUGGACGAGAGAAUCCUGCAGAUUGUGCAUCACGCGGUGUUACUCCUGACGAACUCAUUAAGCAUAAACUGUGGUGGACAGGACCUACCUGGCUGUCAGGAGACGAGACUGCAUGGCCUUGUUCCGUCAUCGAAGCCGCAGAGGAUGACCUCCCGGAGCAGCGAGCCACCAGUUUGGUGGUCAAGGCACCGAUCACGGCCGAACCUGACCUCCUCCUCCGGUUCCCGACGCUACAAAGGCUGCUGCGAGUUACUGCAUGGUGUCGGCGAUGGCUCAAUCCGGCGAGACGCGACGUCAUACUUGGCCGCACUUUGCAUCCGGACGAGCUGGACGUCGCCUUAUUUCGAUGGCUGCGAGUGGUGCAGGCGCUCCACUUUCCUACGGACGUAGCUGCGGCCUCUGCUGGACGCACUAGUCCACCGCGAAGCCACCUAGCGAGGUUGAGUCCGGUCCUCGAUGAUCAAGGCGUGCUGCGCGUCGGCGCGUCGCGUCUCAAGCAUGCUCAGCUACCACUCGACGAAAGACAUCCAAUGAUCAUCCCGGCGGCAUCAUGGUUGACUCGGCUGGUGAUUGAUUCCUGCCACCGACGGACACUGCACGGAGGUGUGCAACUGACUCUCGGCUUGCUCCGCCUGCGUUUCUGGGUGCCCCGAGGAAGGACCACCGUCAAACAGCAGCUACACCGAUGCGUGACCUGCACUCGAUGGCGCGCCGCAACACCACAGCCUCCGAUGGCGACAGCCGAAGGUCAAAGUGUCAUCCUUGCCGCCACCAGAAAAGGAAUCCGCUGGCACUUCAACCCGCCAGCGGCCCCGCACUUUGGUGGUUUGUGGGAGGCCGCCGUAAAGUCGACCAAGUUUCACCUCCGUCGGGUGAUCGGCGAGACCACCCUCACGUUCGAGGAGUUGAGCACACUCCUCGCCCAGAUCGAAGCUUGUCUGAAUUCACGUCCGUUACAGGCACUCUCAGAUGAUCCAGAGGACGUCUCGGCGCUGACCCCCGGUCACUUCCUCGUUGGGGCACCGCUCCUCGCAUUCUUACAAUAUUCUGUUUUUAUUGAGUAG